CUCGGUGGUUAUUGGCAUCAACUACACUAGGGGGACUUCAAGGCUCGAUCACCACGCCCAUCAUGCAUGCAAGUGAUCGGCACCCCAUGAGUUCUAAAGACCCAGCAAGGGGCAUGGAUUCGACGCGUCGGCAAUCAGCGUGGUGUUUGCAAGUGUUGCUGCCCAACCGCCCGAGAUUACGGCGACCAGCCGGCAGGCAUAGCCUAUGUGUCGGCGUCGAGGAAUCCCGAAUGGGUAGCGGGCACACAGUUACUGGCAGCCGGAACCGGUCAUGUGCUCGCCGUAUCACGAUCCGGGGGGCGCUGAGGUCACGCUGGGGUGGUCGGCGAGGAGUGGAAUGUGGCCCACCCAUGCCACCACCGUGGCGACCAGAAACCAAGCUAGGACCCGCAGAUCCCGCAGAGCGAGCCAACAGUCUGGAGGAGGGUACAUUGAAGACUAACAGAUGGCCUGACAUGGCCAGAUUUCAGCAGUAUUCGCCCCUCGAAACUCGUGAUGAGAUCUCAGUUGGUGGGCAGGUCGAAGCAUAAAGCGACAACAAAGGCCCGACCGGUCGAGCACCGGCGCCCUCCCGGCGCGCGGCUAUCCCCGCCCAGCGUUGUUCGGUGAACAACCACCGGCAUGGCUGACGAUUUUGUCGUUUGCAGGCUCGUAAGAGCCGUAAGGGGUCGGCCGAAUCCGAGAAGUUGGCCGGUGCCCGCCCAGCCAUGCGCGUCCAUGGGAGCUUCAUGGCCGCGCUUGGUGCACCAACCCGGCAAGGCCGGCAACCA